CAUGGUCAGUCCAGUGAGUCCUGAGCCUGAAGCUGAGUCGCAUCAUGAGUUUGAUACCGUUGAAUCCUCUUCAACCGGUAGUUGUGGUACCACCAGGGUAUCCUCCAAGCACACCCAUGUCCAAUGGUUUUUUUGGUCCUCUGGUGUUCCUUUUGGGGCUCGUUGGGAGCAAUGAGGCUCAGUAUGGAAGUUGUGAUUAUGAAGAGUCCGUCAUCCCAGGAAAAUCCUCCUACAUCUUCAACCCAGGGUACACCGAGAAUAGAAAUUAUCCCCCUGGGAUUUCCUGCAGAUGGACGGCGAAGAGCAAUCAGUCACUACAAAUUAAAUGCGAGCCAUUCAUUAUUCCUAAGAGUCCUAAUAGAUGUUCACUGGAUGCUGUCUUAAUUCAAACUGGUAGGAAUGAUGUUCACCGAUAUUGCGGAACUGGUUCUCUGGACCUGGUAUCAAACAACAAUGAAAUAACGGUAGUCCUGAGGAGUGACCCAACAUCUCCUGGAGGAAGAUUUUUCUGUGUCGUUCAGACAGUCCCCGAGCAGAAAGAUUCCUGUCGUUGUGGGUGGAAAAAUCCAACUAGAAUAGUGGGAGGAGAGACAACUGGAAUUAAUGAAUACCCCAUGAUGGCUGGAAUUAUCGAUUACGAAUUGAGAAUAGUCCACUGUGGUGCCACUAUUAUCAAUAAUCGUCAAGUUCUCACUGCAGCUCAUUGCAUUGGAGUAAACGUGACUCCUGCUGAUAUAGGAAUUCUCGUUGGAGAACACGAUAUUCGGAGAGGGGAUGAAACGACUGCCACAGUUUUGCAUCCAAUCGCUCGCAUCGUCUUGCAUCCUUAUUGGAAUCCUCCGACGAGUUAUGAUAACGAUAUUGCAAUUAUUACCACAGAGAGAGUUAUAGACUUCAAUGCACAAGUGGGACCGGCUUGUCUUCCUUUCCAACGACAGUACGAUACAUUUUCCGGAAACUAUGUUGACGUUUUGGUGUCAACGAGCUCGUCCACGGACGAAUUCCAACCAGAUGUGCACCCUGGCCCAAGGAAAAGACUCCUGUCAGUUUGAUAGUGGUGGUCCCCUCUUAUUCAGAAGUCCAGCAACUAAACGUCUGAUUCUCGCGGGUCUCGUGAGUUUUGGAAGCCCGAGUUGCGGCGAGGGUGACCCAGGAAUCAACACCCGAGUUGGGGCGUACAUGAAUUUUAUCAUUGCAAACAAUUACUUCAGAGGUUGUCCUAUCGUUAUCAACCACGCAAAACCGAUCAGGCAAACAAGCCGAUUACCUUCGAAGUUAUUUAGAGAAGGAAGUAGCAGUGGUCAAUGUGUCACGACUUGUAAAAUGUUAACUGAAAUAUUGCUCCUCGUUCUUCUGCAACAAUCGAGUGGAAUCAGCAACUCCCCAAAUCCAAAUUGCAGUUAUUUCCAGGAAUUGGGGAGUGGAGAGUCGUAUUCAGUAUACAAUCCUCAUUUUCCGCGGGAAUAUGAAGGGGAGAAUUAUUGCCAAUGGAUCACCAUCACGAAUGAUCGCUUCUUGGAUGUUAAUUGUUCACUGACACUACCAGAAAGUUCUGAGUGUAAUGAGGAUUCGCUGAUAAUUCAGGAUCAGGAUGACGUGCCUCGCACGUACUGCGGUCGCGUCUCCUUAAUUUUCAAAGUAUAUAACAGAGUUGCAAUUACUCUUAUCACUUCUGAUAAUUCCACCGGGGGCACUUUCGAGUGCGACAUAAAAACACCUCCCGACGAAGAUGCACUAGGGGAUGAGAGAGAUAAGUGUCACUGCGGGUGGAAAAAUCCGGCGAAAAUUGUAGGGGGUAAUGAGACUGGGGUGAACGAGUACCCGAUGAUGGCGGGUCUCGUUGAUCUCUUCGAUUCAGAAAUUUAUUGUGGUGCAACAAUUAUCAACAAUCGUCAAGUCGUCACAGCAGCUAGUUGUUUACAAUACAAAGACCCUAAUUUUUUAAGAGUUGUAGUUGGAACGCACGAGACAAAAUUAAGUCAGCAGAACCCAGCAGCAACUAUUUUCUCAGUGAAAUCCAUAAAUAUUCAUCCGUAUUACUCGGGGGUGUACCACGACAUUGCAGUACUUACGAUAUCAGGACUGAUAGAAUUCAGUAAAUCAGUCGGACCUGUUUGUCUGCCAUUUGAACACGCGCCCGAAUAUAACGUACUGCUCGGAAGAAUGAGUUGUAAAAUAUCGGACGAGGAAAGGAUUCAUAAACAAAUCUCUGGAUUGAUAAACAAAUUCUCAUUGAGGUAGAGGUAGACGACACUAAUUGUCGCUCACUAAGACACGUCAACCUUCGGUAUUUAUAUUUACAAUGACAUUUAUCAGCAGAAAAUACAUUACGACACCGCAAUAAUGCGCAAAACCGAGUUGUACCCUGACGUCAUGAUUAAAAUCUCCGCAAUUGCUCAUA